AUGAGCCGUCAGACUGAGAGAGAACCUACUGGACCGUCAAAUGGUGCGCCCUCCUCCCAGACGGGGCCUGACCUGUCCGGCACAACUGCGUCCAGCAGUGACUUGGCAAGUCUUUUUGAGUGUCCCGUCUGUUUUGACUACGUGAUACCUCCAAUUCUACAAUGUCAUAAUGGCCAUCUUGUCUGUAGUGACUGUUGGUCAAAGCUCACACAUUGUCCAACUUGCCGGGACCUGCUGACACCAAUUCGCAACUUGGCCAUGGAGAAAGUGGCUGUUUCAGUACUUUUCCCGUGCAAAUACGCCACUUUUGGUUGUGAAAUAACUAUGCCACCCACAGAAAAAGCAGACCAUGAAAAACACUGUGAGUUUAGGCCCUGUUGUUGUCCCUGCCCUGGUACUUCCUGUGGGUGGCAAGGCUCAGUGAACGCUGUAGUGCCGCAUCUGAUGCAGAAGCAUGAGUCCAUUAUAACCUUGGAGGGAGAAGUUGUCGUUUUCCUUGCAGUCAACAUUCAUCUUUCCGGUGCCCUUGACUGGGUGAUGAUGCAGUCCUGUUUUGGGUUUCACUUUAUGUUAGUGUUAGAGAAACUGGAAACCGACGAUGGUCACCAGAAAUUCUUUGCUCUUGUCCAGCUGAUGGGAACACACGAACAAGCUGAACAGUUUGCUUAUCGACUUGAGCUAAAUGGUAAUGGGCGGCGAUUGACUUGGGAAGCCACGCCUCUGUCUAUUUAUGAGAGAGUUGCAACAGCCAUUAUGAACAGUGACUGCCUAGUGUUCGACCCUGGAGUUGCAGAACUUUUUGCAGAAAAUGGCGAUUUAAGCAUCGAUGUAACUAUUUCCAUGUGUUGA